AUGACCUCCAAGGCCAAGAAGCGAGUGGUGCUGCCCACCCGCCCAGACCCCCCCGGCACGGAGCAGAUUCUCGAAGAUGUGCAGCGCGCCCAGCCCAACGACCCCGUCUUCGUCCUCCUGGCCGAGCCCAGCGAAGGUAACCGGAGCCCCCUUUCCCCACGGGGCUCAUUCACGUGCCUUGCCUCCCAGAACCAAGAGAGGCAUGCAGCGGGAGGAGCAAAGGCAAGACACCCAGGCUCAGUCUCAGAUUGCUUUGGGGGAAACCCUGGAGAGGAGGAGAUUUCCCGGCUCCGGCGGGAAGGUAAACGGCGUUUCCAUGCGCUGCUCUGGUUCGCCAGAAGCGGCUUAGUCCUGCUGGCCACCUGACCCGGAAGCUGUACGCUGGCUCCCUUGGCCAAUAAAGCAAGAUGAGCACCGCAACCCCAGAGUCGGCCACCACUGGACCUAACGGUCAGGGGUCCCUUUACCUUUACCUUUAGGUCUAAACCACAGAGCCUAGGACUUGCCGAUCAGAAGGUCGGCGGUUCGAAUCCCCGUGACGGGGUGAGCUCCUGUUGCUCGGUCCCAGCUCCUGCCCACCUAGCAGUUCGAAAGCCCGUCAAAGUGCAAGUAGAUCAAUAGGUACCGCUACGGCGGGAAGGUAAACGGCGUUUCCGUGCACUGCUCUGGUUCGCCAGAAGCGGCUUAGUCCUGCUGGCCACAUGAUCCGGAAGCUGUACGCCGGCUCCCUCGUUCAAUAAAGCGAGAUGAGCGCCGCAACCCCAGAGUCAGUCACGUCUGGACCUAAUGGUUAGGGGUCCCUUUACCUUUACCUUUUAUAGCAAUAAUAAUUGUAGUCACAGCCAUGCCGAUGAUGUUAUCAUUGUUGAUGGCUCAGUCAGUAGAGCGUGCGACUCUUAAUCCCAGGGUUGUGGAUUCGAGUCCCAUACAAGAAAUCCGCCUUCUCCUUUUCGUUUUAAAAAUCAUUGAUUUUCAUCCGCCCUGGAAAAGCACGCCUCCAUUGUUUUAUCUAUCUCUCUCUCCCCCUCCGCCUGCGCUCAGAUUUGCCCUCCCCAACCAAGAACGAAGACCCUGAGGCCAAGCGCGAGCGCCUCUACCGGCUGACCCAGUCGUAUGUGGAGAUGAACCACCGCCUCCAGAUGGCCUGCAGCCUGCUCAAGGAGAAGUGCGAGGAGCUCAAGCUGGCCGGAGCGACUCUAGAGCAGGGGAUCUUGGAGAUGAAGCAGAGAGCCUUGUGA